CACCAGUUCCUCUUCCCUGAGUCGCUGGGUGCAGAUCCUGAGGAGAACCCCGGACCAUAGCGGAUCCGCGGAGGGUGCCGACCACUUCGGCCCCCACGUCCAGGUUGCUUGAAUGGGGGGCUCCCUGGCGUGGAUGCUGUUGUUGCCACUGCUGCUGCAGGAUCCAGGCAGCCAAGCAUUUUCCUGCAACGUGUCGUCUGGGAACGUGGACUGGAACACAGAGUUCAAAGACACAUGCCUGAAUUUCAGUGGCCAAGGCCUCAGACUGCCCCAGAACCAGUCUUUGCAGGCCAGAAGCCUGCUCCACCUUAUCCUGUCUGGGAAUGGUCUUCGAGAGCUACCACCGCUCUUCUUUAAACUGCUGGGAAACCUGAGUGUCCUCGAUGUGACGAACAACCCACUGGACCGCGUGGAUGGGGAGCUGGCCCUGCGCUGUACGCUUGACCUGAAGGCUGACUGCAGCUGUGUCCUAGUAUCCUGGCACCAGAUCCGACAGGACAACUGCUCUGGCUGGCUACCUCUCCAGUGCCGGGACACAGCUACUGGUGGCUGGCACAAUGUCUCCUCCUUCCUGGAGGCUGGCUGCCCCCCUGGCCUGUCCUUAUCGGUCAUUGGGGCACUGGUGGCCAGUGGGAGCCUGCUCCUGGGGCUCACCAUUGCUGGCCUAGUGCUGGCCUGGAGACUCUGGGGCCGUGGGAGGAUCAGUAAACGGGACGUGAACAAAACAAGGGCUUCUCAGGAUGGUUCUCGGUCUGGCUCUGGCAAGCAGCCGAGAUACAGUAGCCGGGGCCUCAGCCCUAAGCCCCCAGCAGCUGCCGUGCCCAGACCCUGCACCCCCGACUAUGAGAAUGUGUUCGUGGGCCAGCCAGCUGCCGGGCAUCAGUGGGCCGAACAUGGGGCUCACCCAUCAGAGGAUAGCGACUUCUACAUGAACUACGAGGGCCCCGACCAUGCUUCCCAGCCUGUCUACUGCAACCUGCAGUCAUUGCGCAAGACCCCGCUGGAUGAGGAGGAGUAUGUGAUCCCUGGGCGCUGAGCCUCUGAUGCCCUGAACUCCAGCCUGCUGCCUUCUAUGUGACUUCGGGCAUUCUGACUCUUCCCUGCCCUCAGUCUUCCCACCUGAGGAAUGGGGACAGGGAAGGACCGUCGCUGAGGCCCCAGGGAGGUUCUUCAGCUCCCUCUCCUUCAGAGCCCCUGCUCUGCUUCUCAGCUCCCUAAGCUGCUGGAAGGGGAAAAGGAGAGGCUCCGGUAUGGCGACAGGAGGGGUCAGUUCGUGAACUCUGUCAUCACCCUUGGUGUGCACACCGAGCUUAAUAAAUGCUGUAGGGCUCACAAA